AUGCUUGUGCCCAUGAAAUCAUCAGAAACCAUCAAUUUUAAUGCGAGUCAUUACAGCACACAUGACACAGAAUGGGCAAAGCCACAAGAUGGGGAGAUAAAAAUCAACAUUGAUGCAACAGUUGGAAGAGUCAGAUCAUGCACUGGGGAGGUAAUGGCCAUGACUCUUGCCCAAGUUGACACAACAGAAUCUCCAAUGGCAGAGGCACGAGUUGCCAGACAAGCAACAAAAAUGAAUUGGAGUUAUGCCACAAUAGAAGGAUAUCAUUCACUCAGCAACACCCUCACAUGUCAAGACCCAGUGGUCUAUCCUUACAAUUAUUCAAUACAUUAA